AUGGAUUGUCGCGGUCGCUCGAGGGACAUCUCGCCCAUUGCAUUCGCCCGCUCCUCGCACGACCGUCCAAUUCGCGCGCAGAUAUCCGUCAACUUUGUUCCCCAAUCUAAUCUCCUCAAAUAUCCGCCGCGCCACGACGCGAGUGCGGCCACCUAUCAACCGCGUUCUCCCUCCCCAUUCACGCGCCACUGCCGCAACAUCAACAUGGCCUGCAUUGUUCAACCAGUCGCUUCAACUUCUCGUUUGUCUUCCUCGCCAUCACCACCCCGUUCCGCGAGCACAAUGGACUCCGACUCCCCCAAGUCCACGCCCCCCGAGCCACGCACUCCUCCAGAGUUCGUAAACCCCCUCUCGAGGCCACUUGACUACUACGACUCUCCGCCCUCCCCACCACGCACUCUGCAGGACCAAAUGCAAUCUGCAUACGCACUGGACAAUAUGCACCUUGCCAAGGUCCUCCUCUUGAAGCUCCAAGGCAUAGAAGUCAGCGGAGACGACGACCCGCGAAUUGCUGCCGUCGCAGAUGAAGACUUCUCGAGCUCGUUUGUUCCUCCGGGCGGGCUGCAACUUGAUGAGGAGAUCCAACGAAAGUGUAGAGAUGGCGAGAGGCGCGAGCGAGAGAGGCGCCUGAGGAUGGAGCGAGCGGCACGCUUGAAGGCAUGCGAGCGGCUAUGGGAGGUGAGCACCCGGAGGGUACGGGAAGAGCGGGCAAGGAUCACUAGGAAGAAAGAGGAAGAGGCGCGCCUAAGACGGAGGCAUGAAAUUGAGGCGCGAGAGCGGGAGAAGGUGCGCGAGGCGCGUGAGCGCGAGCUGGAGCAGCAGAGGCAGAAGCGACACUUGCGUUUGGUCAGCAGCCUCAACCAGCGCCCGCUGCUCUGCUACGACGCCCUCCCAUACGAGCGCGCUCCCCAGCCGGGGUCUCCCUCACGGCAAGUGGAUGACGACCUCUUUCAUUACGCCGUGAUGCCGUUUACCCCGUCCCGCUCCUCUUCGUCCUUGUGCAGCAUUUCUUCCGCGGACGACCAUAUCCUCAGUUUACCUCGUGCUUGCCGCGAGUUGGCACUGCAGCACAGCCAGAGCAUAGGCCGGGCCAUCCCUUUCACCGACGUGAUCGCGAGUAUGCACGGCCCUCUCUUUCCUGCGGACGAACACGCACAGUCAUUCUCGAGACGGAGCCCAGCACAGAUAGAGCUGUUGGAAAGUCUCUUGAAGGUUGUUGACUGGGAAGAGGACGAGCAAGACAAAGACAAGACCCGUGAGAACCUCAGCACGAGAGACACAGCCGCUGAGCGGAAAGACGCGGACCGUGCCGCAGCGAAAUGUCUCAGUCCUGGGACGAAAGCAGGUCUCUCUACCAGGUCGUCCUCGGUCAACACCAUUACUCGCUCGAAUUCAUGGUUCUCAUUCUGCAGUCGCAGUUCGCGGACCUCGGUUUCGACUGCCCUCACCACUCCGUCCUCCUCACCGCUCUCGCCACAUAAGGUUCCAGCGCUUCUUCCUAUACCAGCGAUAUCCUCUCCGCUUGCAGCUAAUGAAGUCAAGCGUCCAUCUUCUCGGCCACCCCCUUCUCUGAGCCCACUUCCGGCGCCUGACCACCCCCUUGCACCUAUCCCAGCAUUCCCAACUAAGCGCUCGGGUCCGCUCAGUCCUGCUCGUGGUCGUCCCCUCACCAGAGGUGCGACUGCGCGGCGAGCCCCAUCAACUGCGAGUGACACGACAGUACGGAGCGACACGACAGUACGGGGCGAAGAAGUCGGACUUGUACGGCGUAUGAGCCAGUCCGUAUCGAAUUUGGUGGACCUCGCAACCCAAUUCCAGCGUGCAUACGUGAAGGCGACUUUCUUCAGCGUUGGCGUUGAUGUUCUCUCGCGCUCCCGCUCUGACUCACGGGGUAGCUCCAGUUCCCGCUCGCCCUCUCGUUCGCGUGCGCGGUACGUGCAAGACCUGCGGAUUCCUAACACCGGCGGUCCCAAGGAAGGAUUGAAGCCAGAGGGGUACCGCGCGCUUUCUAGCGACGUGCACGUCUUCAUGUGCGCGACUGCAGAGCGUUCGGACGCUCUGCGCCCCACACGCUCACUCAUCCCACUCUCAUGGACCGGCUCGUCUCACAUAUUCCCCCCAUACGCGCGCAUAUUUUCACCGCCUUUGUCGCCCCCACGCUCACCGUUCAAACCCCUAAGCGUGCUCUCGCGGGAGCCGCGCCUGCGUCCCGUCGCGAACCCGCUCCUUCUGCGCCUGCAGGCUCUGCAGAACAUAUGCGCAGAUCACGAGGUCGUGUGGGAGGGCCGUGCACGCGAGGGGCGCAUGUCCGCGGGGAAGGAGAAGAUGCUCGGCGUUGCGUGGGAGGGCAUCGGGAAGAGCGGGCUCGGGUGGGAGGUAAGUGCGGUUUACUGA